CUUCGCAGGGCUGCCAGCAUCUUUGUCACGGGCGGCAGGUUUGAAAGAGGAGGGGAGCUCCAAAGGUAGAUCUGCGAGAGUAAUCAUAUUAAAGAUGUCUGUGGAAAAGAUCAUUAGAGACGCUCUCACAAGCUUUAUACAAUCUCACAUCCCUGACGCAGACCUCAGUGCUAUGGAUGAAGUGUUUUUCUCUUAUGUCACUGGGAUUCUAGAAGAGUUGGGGUCCCAAGAUUGCUCAGAAGAGGAUUUUGAGAUGGAGUCUUUCAUAGAAAUGUUGGAGGCAUACAUCCCAGGAUUUGCUGAAAUAGACAGUGGGAAAGUUUGUGAAAUGAUGUUUGACUUGUCAGGAAAACUGAGUGAAGCGCGUAACAAAGAUGCUUCCCCCGUAAAAGCCACAGGAACUUCAUUGGAAGCCAAGGAAACGUGCAAUAAAAAGCCAAAUGUUGAUGAAUUAAGUGCAUCAGAAGGAGCUGUGGCACAGGAAGAAAGCAAUCUGCAAGCCAGUGUUGAUAUGCUUUUGGAAAUGUUCCCAGAAUGCACUAUAAGUCAAGCUCAGAGAGUGCUUUCAAUGGCAAAGGGGGAUUUGGAAGAAGCAGUGCAGUUUAUUGUAGAGAAGAAUGUGAACCUCUGCAAUGAUUCUGGAUCCAAGGAAUUGAACAGAGCUCCAAAAAAAGAAGAUUUGAAAGAUUUCAUAUUGCAAAAAUAUAUGAUGGUUGACAAUGAAGAGGACAAAAAGACACACAGACCAUUAGCACCAAAGGAGGCACCUAAGAAAUUAAUUCGUUACAUUGAUAAUCAAGUGGUCAGCACAAAAGGAGAGCGAUACAAAGAUAUGAAGAAACCGGAAAGUGAAGAGAUGAAGAAGACUUAUAUAAACCUGAAACCAGCAAGAAAAUAUAAGUUCCACUGACUGGUAAAAGGUCGCAUGGUAGAAUUAAACCCUGUACUAAUGAGUCUGGAAUCCACGCACUGAUCAGAUGCUCUGUGUCCAAGAAAUUGACUUUUACACGUUGCAUUUUAAAGACCUCUCUUAUCCAAUUGUCUACCUUCUUCUGUGGAAUCACUGCGUGUGAGAUUAACCAGCAAUAUACAGUGUUCAGUGUGUAUCCAAUGUCUGUUUCGCCUUUACCAUGGUAAUAAGAAGCUUAAAAUACAAGUAGGGUGCUCCCGUCUAGGGUAAAAGACUGGCUCUCCCAAGCAGAAUAUCCAAGCACUUCUUCAUUUAGGUUUUUAUUGUUGAGGGCCGUCCCCUACAUUGAAAUAAGUUUGACACACUUACUAAUGGCCAGGAGUUUGCAAGCUUGUCCACUUCUGAUGUUUUUUGAUAGACUAAAGAAAACACAAGGUCAGGACCAUUUUGGAAAAUCAUGCAACCUUUCCAUAGGAUAAAAUGUUACCCUGGCAUAACAUCCUAUCACAAUCAUGCAGGGCAAAUUGUCAACAAAUUAGUUCAUAUAUUCGUACAAAUAUUUACGAAGUUCCACAUCACCACAGCCAAUGGCAAUAAAGUAGUUAUGUUUUUUUGCGUAGAUGUAUUCUUACAUUCAGGCAUUGGUAUAUAGCUGACAUAUAUGACCUCAAUCAAGUUGAUUUCGUCCUUAAAGUAUUAUUUAUUAAUUAUUAAGAAACGUCUCAUGAAUUUCAAUUCUAUAUUUUUAUUGUGUAUAUUUUCAUUGCCUGUAAUAUAUAGCUAUUUUUGUUUUUAUUGUGACUAGUUUGAUUGCUGUGGAUUUGUUUUUCUUGU